GCUGAAAUGUCGUUCCCCGAAGAAGUGAAGUCCGAGUAUCUCAAAACUGAAGAUCCCAAAGGUGGCUUGAACAACAUCGCUGAAACGUUGUUCCCCAAAGAAGUGAAGUCUGAGAAUCUCAAAAACGAAGAUUCCACCGACAACUCUCAAAGUUCUGAAGCUGUAGAUAUAGUUAAUGGGCAGGAAGGACAAUUUCUCUCGAGUAAUAAUGUGAUGGGUUUUUCUUUACUUGUGUUGUGUCUAUUAGUAGCUUCAGCUUUCAUCUACACAAAGAGAGGAAAGCCCGAAUACAGUCCGGUUUCGGUUGACUCGAAGGAUACAAUCCUCGAAAAAGUAUCCUCCAAGAAUUGGCAGACCUCAUCAUGUUACAGCAACAGAAUCAAGGAAUUGAAUGAGCCAUGCCCAUUGGAAAUGAGUAGCUCCGAGAGGACCUCGUCGUCUUACAGCAACAAAGGAGGCAAGAAAUCAAAUCAAUAUCAGAGCCAAGAAAGGAAAGCUAGGAAGGCCUACAGGAGAGAAUCUCUUGCUUCGUCGGAUUACUCGACGGGUUCACCUUCCUAUGGCAGUUUUACCACGUAUGAGAAGAAAUCUAGCAAGCAUGCAGGAAGAGAUGACGAGAUAGUUACUCCUGUUCGACGUUCAAGCAGAAUACGAAGCCAGGUUACAUCUCCAUGAUGAUGAUUGAAAAAUUAUAUCUUAUGUCUGUAACAGUUGCACUGCUGUGCAUUUCUAGUCAUUAGAUGCUGACAUAGAUUAGAGGUCAAUCGUACU